AUAGUGGUGCUCCGCUAGAAUCUUGCAAACGGUGUCUCUCCCUUAGCCCGGCUUCAGCAGCAGCACCAAUGGAUUACUAGCCUUUCUUCUGUUGCUCUUUGCUGCUGCCGGGUCUUUCUCUGCCACUGGUUACCGACCCCCGCCCCCACCUCAUUUGAUUCCAUUCAAUAAGUACAAGGGACGUUCCCGGAUAGACCAUGCGAACUUCUACGAAUUCACGGACUGUUACAACUUGUUGCCUGCAGUUAGCGAUAUUUUUACUUGAAGUUUGGACUUGUGUCUGCGGGCCAUCGGGGGAGCUGCCAGAACUUGACCUUGAAGGAUUUUUAGACUUUGAAAUUGUCUAUCCUGAAAAGGUAGAUGAAUAUGGCUUUUCGGUAUCCAGUCAUUUGUCUCCCAGUGGUAGCAGAAUUUAUAAAAGGCACCUGAACUCUAUUCCAGAUUCUCCUGUUUAUUAUAAAGUACACCAUAAAGGCCAGGACUUGAGAUUUAACAUAAGUGUGAGCAGAAGUCUACUUGCUCCUGGAUUUAUCACUGAGAGACGCCGUGGAGGAGUUGCCCGUGCCAAGAUUCAAACCCAUACCCAUGGAUUAUGUCACUAUAGUGGGAAAGUAGAAGAUCCAGAGCUUCAUAGUGGAUUAGCAGCUAUCAGCACAUGCAGUGGAAUGAAAGGAGUAUUUCAGCUCUAUGGUGAAGAUUACUUCAUUGAACCUCUAAAGGGAAGUCAGUUAACGAAUGGAAAAGGACAGCCUCAUGUCAUCUACAAACGCCAUGUACCAGAGAAUGCAGCUGAACAAACUGUGUUGGAGACGAAUAUGGAUGAUGCAAAGAAGCAACAAACUACUUCUAAAACAUGUGGCACUAAAGAUGCCAAGAGAACUUUAAAGCAUUCUGAAAAGCGAAGAGAGAAAUGGGAACAAAGACAGAAAAGGCAACGGAUAAAACAGCGCUCUAUCAGUAAAGAGAAAUGGGUGGAAACACUUGUUGUGGCAGACACUAAAAUGGUUGAGUACCAUGGAUCUGAAAACAUAGAAAAUUACGUGCUUACAGUAAUGAAUAUGGUUGCAAGUUUGUUUCAUGAUGCCAGUAUUGGAAACGCAAUCCAUAUUGUUGUUGUUCGACUAAUUCUCCUAGAAGAAGAGGAGGAGGACCUUAAGAUAAUCCAUCAUGCUGACAACACUCUUUCAAGUUUCUGCAAGUGGCAAAAGAAGAUGAACAUAAAAGAAGAUUCUCACCCAACCCAUCAUGACGUGGCUGUUCUGCUUACAAGGAAGGACUUAUGUGCAGCAAUGAACAAGCCAUGUGAGACGUUGGGUUUGUCACAUGUAUCAGGAAUGUGCCAACCCCAUAGGAGCUGCAACAUCAAUGAGGACACUGGACUACCCCUGGCUUUCACUGUGGCACAUGAACUGGGACACAGCUUUGGGAUUCAGCAUGAUGGGACUGGGAAUGACUGUGAGCCAAUUGGGAAAAGACCCUUUGUUAUGUCUCCUCAGCUGCUGUAUAAUACCUCACCACUGACAUGGUCACGCUGUAGCAGGGAAUACAUCACACGAUUUCUUGACCGAGGCUGGGGUCUCUGUCUGGAUGAUCCACCUACUAAGAAUGUGGUUGAAUUUCCUUCCAUCCUUCCUGGUGUUCUUUAUGAUGUCAGCCAUCAGUGUCAGCUACAGUAUGGCUCCGAAUCAUCUUUUUGUGAUGAAAUGGAUGAUGUCUGCAAUACAUUGUGGUGCACUGUGGGAAAUACAUGCCAUUCCAAGCUGGAUGCUGCCGUAGAUGGCACAACCUGUGGUGAAAACAAGUGGUGCUUUGACAGAGAAUGUGUACCAGUAGGUUACUAUCCAGGCCAUAUCGAUGGAGGCUGGGGUGCUUGGAGUUCCUGGAAUGCCUGUACCCGAACAUGUGGUGCUGGAGUUCAGAAUGCAGAAAGGCAGUGUAACAAUCCUGUACCCAAGUAUGGUGGAAGAUAUUGUCUUGGAGAAAGAAAACGAUACCGAAUCUGCAAUAUUAAGCCAUGCCCUAAUGAUAAAUCCACCUUUCGUCACAUACAGUGCAGUCAAUUUGAUGCAAUGCCUUACAAAGGAAAGCUUUAUAAAUGGUUGCCAGUCCCUAACACAAUUAAUCCGUGUGCACUUCACUGCCGCCCAGCUGCAGAGUACUUCUCAGAAAAGUUGCUUGAUGCAGUUGUUGAUGGGACUCCAUGUUAUGAAGGAAGCACCAGUAAGGAUGUGUGCAUCAAUGGAAUCUGUAAGAAUGUGGGGUGUGAUUAUGAAAUUGACUCCAAUGCCAUUGAAGACCAAUGUGGUGUUUGCCAUGGUAAUGGCUCUACUUGUGAAACAGUGAAGAAGAUGUUUGAAGAGAGUGAAGGUCUUGGUUAUGUGGACAUUGGGCUGAUUCCAGAAGGAGCCAGGGAUAUACGUAUUGAAGAAGUGGCAGAAGCAGGAAAUUUCUUGGCUUUACGAAGUGAAGAUCCUGAAAAGUAUUUCCUUAAUGGUGGCUGGACAAUCCAGUGGCAUGGAGAUUACAAAGUGGCUGGAACAACCUUUACCUAUGAAAGGAAUGGAAACUGGGAAAAUCUAACAUCUCCAGGCCCCACAAGAGAACCUGUGUGGAUUCAGCUGCUCUUCCAAGAAAAAAACCCUGGUGUUCGAUAUCAGUAUACAGUCCGCCGAGAAUACAAUAGCAUGAAUGAAAUCCUGCCAUUGCAAUUUUUCUGGCUCUAUGGGUCAUGGACAGAGUGUAGUGCCACGUGUGGGACUGGUGUUCAGAGACAGAUUGUGCAUUGCAUUGAAAAAAUUGCGGGGAUAGUGGAAGAACGCUACUGUGACCCUUUGACACGACCUGAUGAUAACCAGAGAAACUGCAAUGAAGAUGCCUGCCCAGCCAGAUGGUGGGUUGGAGAGUGGCAGAAAUGCUCGGCCACAUGUGGUACUACAGGUCUUAUGAAGCGGACAGUUCUUUGCAUUCAAAGUGUUAAGGCUGAAGAACAAAGAGCGCUGGAACAUUCUGAGUGUGAGCACAUCCCUAAACCAGACAUUACUACUCUCUGUAACGGACACAUCCCCUGCCCAUCUGACUGGGCUGUUGGUAACUGGUCUGAGUGCUCUGUUACCUGUGGACAAGGGAUUCAGCAGCGUGAUGUAUACUGCAGUAAUCAUACUGGUUUUCCAUGUGAUAGUACAUUUAAACCUGCUUCGAACACUAUAUGCAGUUUAGACAAGUGCCCCUCUAGCAAGCUGGACAGCUUCAGCCCUGGUUGGUCUGGAAGUGGUGCUUCAAGCAAGGAGUCUUACAAUGAAAUUGACUACAUUCUUAACAACCACAUACCUAACAUCAACCCCAGGGCCAACAGGAAGUUCAGCUCAGAAGAAGAAGGUAACAGCAUAAUAGAUUAUUACCCUGCUAACAGGAAUAAUGACCGACCCAAAAACAACAUAUUUGUAGAUGACUUUUAUUAUGAUUAUAACUUCAUAAACUUCCAUGAAGAUCUUUCCUAUGAACCCAAUACUGAGCAUGAAGACAAACAUGGGGAACCUAAGACAAAUGUGGAGGUAAACGAGAAUAAUGUUCCAGAUGUGCCAAUAAGUGGCCCUUUUGAAGAGAAAGAGGAUGUCACCCAAUAUAGCUUGAAAACAACUGUUCUGUCAGAUCGUGUGAAUAAUACUAGCAAGUCAUAUACUACAGAAAUGAUUCACCAAGAUGAGACAACAACCUUCAGCGCUUCUGCAGCAGAAAACAGUGACAGCAUGGAUUUCACUUCACCUAGCAGCUUCAAAAUGACUGUACCUGUGAGCAUAGAGUAUCAUGGGAUUAAAUUUGAUGAUGCUGAUUCUCCUUAUGGCCAUAUUUAUGACAUAGCUAAGUCCAAUGAAACAGAUAACACAAACUUCUCUCUUGAUGGGCAAACUGUUACAGAGAGUCCCCAGACACAGAGAGAGACCUUUAUCACUUCUACAGAUGGAGAUUCUUUAAAUAACUUGUACAUGUCAGACCCAACGCAUUCUCUGCUAGUUAUGCAGUCUGACAAUCUUACUGACCCAGGUAUGACAAUGCAUAAUAUCGUUAAUGAGGACUACUUUGACAAUAAUGGCUCCUUUAAGUACCAAAUGAAAGAUUUCAGUCAAGUGGAUAACAUUAACAAUGACAAUAUCAGUGAGAUGGGGCCUGCUGAUCUAACUGAAGAGUCACAUCAUGAUACCCCAUUCACCCAAGAUGUUAUCAAUAUAGAUGACCUUUGGAGAGACCAUGUAACAUAUACAGAGCUGGAUGGUUUAGUCCCAUUCACAUCUGAAAAUGAAAGCAAUUCUGAUGAAACAGAGCAAGAUACCGCUUUAGAUAAUGACUUGAGCAAGAACAAAAUGUUUCCGAGCACUAGUCACAUCAUUGCUAGUGACAACCAUCAUUCUGGUCAGCAACCUGAAUAUGAAAAAGAGCAGAACGUUCAUUUGAAAUUCAUUGCAGAAGAGGCAGUGGGAAGAGGUGUUACACCAGAACUCGUAACAGUUAGGAGCUAUGCUACUUCUGGUGAUCACGUGACCGCAGGUCUUACACCUGUCAUAGAACAAGCCAGCACAGAAACACAGAUGAAAUUUUAUUCAGAAAUAGUUUAUGAAUUCACCAAAGAACUACCUGAAGAAACAAAUAUAACAAAGAAGCUUAACAUUCAAAAUUUAGAUUCUGACUUCAGUACAGUGCUAGAUGAUUUCUCUUAUACUAUAGACCAUUACCACUUACCAGAACAUGAGAAUAGUAUUACUGUCACGCCUGUUAUGGAGCAUGCCCUAAAUACCCCGACUCCUUCUCAGGUAAAUGGAUCAGCUGUAAUACAACAAGGAUAUGGAGAGAGGUCGACUUUAGAACCUCCAUUAAAUAUUACAUAUAAUAAAAUGCUUACUGCAGUCCUGCCUACACUAUCUCAACAAGACUUGCUUUCUAUUGAAAUAGAAGACAUUGGUAUGGAUGAUUCUUUUAAACAUUCACUGCAAGUUACAACACCAAAAACUCAGAGUUAUUCUAAUGUUAAUGAAGCACUGUUACAGCAUUAUCCACUGGGAAGGAGUGAUGAGGAACACACAACUAAUGUAUUCACCUCAUCAGAUGCUAGAACUUGGAAUGAUAGCAUCUUCCAUUUCUCCCCAAAAAGCACAACGGAUUAUAACCAGUCUGUUUCUGAAGUCACACCAUUAAAUGAUGUCAUUCCUGAAGUAGCAUUAAGCCCACCUUACAUUCCAUUAUUACGUGUCUUUUGGAAGGUUGAAAACUGGAGUGAGUGCUCAACUACUUGUGGUCUAGGGGCUGUCUGGCGUACAGUACACUGUAACACAGGCAAUGAUGGCGACUGUGACAUCACUAAAAAGCCAGCGCCAGCUCGCAGAUGUUAUCUAAGACCUUGUUCGAUGUGGCAGGUUGGAAACUGGAGUAAGUGCUCUAAGAAUUGCGGAGGUGGUGUUACUCUUCGUGAAGUUCAGUGCAUUGAUAGUCGGGACCAAAGACCUCUUCGACCUUUCCACUGCCAGGCUCUCCAGCACAAACCAAUAAGGCAGAUGUCUUGCAAUUCUGAACCUUGUCUGGACUGGUAUACUUCUUCAUGGAGUGAAUGCUCUGAAAUGUGUGGAGAGGGAGAUCAACACAGAUUAGUCAUGUGCCCUGAGACCGGACAGUGUGAUCAGACAUUGCAACCUAACGAUACAAAAGCUUGCUACCUUCUUCCUUGUACUAAAUGGGUCACUGGAUCCUGGGGAAUGUGUAGUGCAUCCUGCGGUGGAGGUAUACAACGUCGGCUGGUCAAAUGUAUAAACAUAAAAACAGGCCAAACUGAAGAGGACAACAGCCAUUGUGACCAUGAACCAUGGCCUGAAAAUACACAGAAAUGUAAUACCCAGGAAUGUGAAAUCAGUGAAUCAAAUACUGCUUGUGGUCAGGACAGGCUCACAUUCAGUUUUUGCCAGACCCUGAAAUUUUUAGCAAGCUGCGAUAACCCACAUGUUAAGUCACAGUGUUGUCAUACAUGCCGUUCACACAACAGUGGCAUCCGUGAGCGAGGCAAUGAACGUGUCUCAAGGAGGUAGCUGCACUUAAGAAGGCCAGUCUCUUUCUGAAGAAGCAAACCAGUAGCUAUGUAAUCUUAUUUCCAUCUGAUCUUCGUAAAUGGAGAUAUACAAAGAUCAUGCAAAAUACUUUUUUCAAACAUUUUACUGGUUACUUGAUUUUUUCUUGUCUGGACUACAUCCUUGUCAAAAUGAUUCAAUCAGACAGCUGAAUUCAAGAAGCAGAUGGAUCAAAUUUACAUUGAAGCAAAUAUUUCUUAAAACAAUAGAUAAAUGACUGCUGGAGUUCUUUACCUAUCAAUAAUGGGAAACAUUUUAUAAUGUUUCCAGUGUUUGUACCUUGAGUGGUGCUAUCAACAGACUGAUAUAUUUGGCACACUGUAGGUGUUGGCAGGCCAGCACAAAUGAUAUGAUCCUAUAGAUACAAUUAUUAGAAUGUAUUAUACCUGUAGAUUUAACUAAGUAUCUAUCAUUCCAACAUGUAAUAUGAGGGUUUUUUUUAACUUUACAAGUCAGGAAAUUAAAAAUGCUUCAGAUCUCUGAAGCUCUGCAUCUUUCUGUGCUAUAUUAUAUUUUUUCUAGACAAUACAACUAUGUGUGUACUAUUCCAUAACUCUUAAUGCAGCAUAAUUAACAGAUAAUCAUGUAAAUGUCUUACUUCAGGGAUAACUACAGUAAGAAUUUAUAAAAACACCUAUUGUGUAGAGCCCCCCCCCCCAA